GUCAUUUUUACAUUUUUGUUGUGUUUUGUUAUCGUCGCGUCGAGUCGGUUCGCGUCCGUGUGAUUUGUGAUUUUACAACAACACAUAAGCAUUUAACCCCCGCGAGGUGCCAACAAUGUUUACAACCCCUUAAAAUUAUUAAAAAAUCCUUAAAAGCGCACCAACAAAAAAGGAAGAAAGGGAAAAGUGCUACAAGAAAGAAAAAUAUCGAAAAAGUGCUAAUUAAUAACCGAGAAGGAGAAUAUAUAAUACCACACAAUAAACCAUAAGUUAAUCAAGGAAAAUGGGAAAGCUGCUGAGCCUGCUGUCACGCGACGACUCCAAUUGUUGCGCGGCCAAAUCCUACGAUGUCUUCCUGGACUUUGAGAACGCCGCGCCCACGGAUACGGAGCGCGAGAUCUACGAAGAGGUGGAGCGCGUUCUCCGCGAAUCGGAGGUGGUUUUGGAGGAGAUACAGAUCUAUCGGGGUGCCGGCAAGGAAAUCCGAGAAGCAAUCGCCGAUCCCUCGCCUGAGGUGACAGGGAAGGCCUGGGCGGCGGUCCUGCCGCUGGUCAAUAAACUGAAGCGCUGCUACGAGCACUCCAUGGAGCUGGACAAGAUCGUGCCCAAGCUGCUGGGCCAGCUGGUGGGCGGCAAGCUGAAUCCGACACAACACCUGGAGACGCAGCAGGCCCUGGUCAAGCAGCUGGCCGAGAUCUUGGAGUUUGUGCUGAAGUUCGAUGAGUACAAGAUGAAAACCCCCGCCAUACAGAAUGACUUUAGCUACUACAGACGCAUUGUCAGUCGGCAGCGCGUGGACUCCACGGAGAACAUGCUGGUCAGCACGGAGCUGGCCAAUCGGAUGUCCCUUUUCUAUGCCCAUGCCACGCCCAUGCUCAAGGUGCUAAGCGAGGCCACCUCAAAGUUUGUCAAUGAUAAUGCGGACGAUGUCCAGAAUACGACAGAAACGUUAGGAACCAUGGCCAAAGUCUGCCUCAGAAUGCUGGAGAAUCCAAAACUUCUGCAACAAAUCGAGCGAGAGGACACGAAAAUGCUGGUGCUGCGUGUAAUGGUGGGCCUGGUGAUCCUCUACGAUCAUGUCCAUCCCGAAGGAGCCUUCGUGCGGGGGGCCCAUGUGGAUGUCAAGGGUUGUGUGCGCCUGCUGCAGGCGCAACCGGCCAUCAAGGCGGAGCCGCUGCUCAAUGCCCUGCGAUAUACGACGAAGCACCUGAAUGGAGAGAACACGCCGAAGAAUAUACAGCGCAUGUUGGCCGCAUAGGAGCGGAGCAGGUGGUGGAGUGGCCAGAAGGAAGUCCUUAAGGUUAAUUUCUAUGUGUAUUGCGUAACGAUCUAAAAUGGUUUUACUUUAUUUAUGUAAUUAGUAGGCUUCUUGUAUUAUUUGUAAAAAAAAGAAAAGAAAUUGUAAGCGAGCGAGCGAGGUGGAGGCAGGCAGCCUGUAGUUUUACGUUUUAAAUUCCUCAAGCAUUUGUUUUUUAUGCCGCCAGCCAGCCUCCGUCGUAAGUGGAACGCAUAUAUCAGCAGCAACAAUAUUUAGUUGAUAAUCUAGCCCUAAUGUUAAGUAAUGAAGCAAGGAACCUAAAUUAACCUUUAAAAAAGAAAACAAAAAUAAAAACAAUUAGCGCAAAGUUUAAACUGUGUGAGAGAUAAAUCCUAAAUUUUCACUACAACAGAGAGAUUAUAAAUAUAAAACUAAAAAGAACAUUUUUAAAAUCAAAUCUAGAGUAUUUUUUUGUACAGAAGGGUGUUAAGGUCUAAACUAACGCCUAAAAUUAAACGAAUUGUACGAACUAAAAUGCCUAAACACACACUACAACCACACAAGCAGAAAGCGGAUGCAUUUAUAUAUAUAUAUUUCCACGCCGUCAACUUUGAUAAACGUAUUUAAAUAUAAAACAAAUCUACAACAACAUAAACUUGAGCUGCGCAAUAAUAAUAUUUUUAAGAUUUACAAAUAGUAAUAAAGGAUUGAAAUAAAAAAAGGCAACACUUAACGCAUACAAUUUGUACCAAAAAAAAAUUAAGGAAAAUAAUGAGAAAAUCACACAAACUAAAUAAAGAUUUAUAUAUGCGAUAAGAGGAGCGAGAAGAAACGGAUGAAGAUGAUGAUAAAAAAAAACUAUAUAGAGAAUGCUGAAUCAAAAUAAAUAUCACGCAAAAUCAA